AUGCAGAAAGGAAGCAAUGAGGGUGGUAGCAGCAGCAAUCAUGGCAUAGCCAGUGGAGGUUAUCGUGAUAUGAAAUACAUAGAAGACUAUGAUUACAAGUUCUGUGAGGAAGUAAGCAAGUAUGAAAAGUUGGCUAAGAUUGGACAAGGCACAUUUGGUGAAGUGUUCAAGGCCAGGCACAAGAAAACCAAGCACUUUGUGGCUUUGAAGAAAGUGCUGAUGGAGAAUGAGAAGGAAGGUUUUCCUAUUACUGCUCUUAGGGAGAUCAAAAUUUUGCAGCAAUUGCAUCAUGAUAAUGUUGUCAAUCUCAUUGAGAUUUGCCGCACCAAAGCCACUCAAUUCAAUCGCUUCCGCAGCACAUUCUUUUUAGUCUUUGACUUUUGUGAGCAUGACCUUGCAGGUCUAUUGUCCAAUGUAAAUGUGAAAUUUGGUCUUGGGGAGAUCAAGCAGGUUAUGAAGCAGCUCCUAGAUGGCCUCUUCUACAUUCAUCAUAAUAAGAUUCUUCAUCGUGAUAUGAAGGCCGCCAAUAUCCUCAUUACAAAGAGUGGUGUCUUGAAGUUAGCUGACUUUGGUCUUGCUCGAGCCAUUAGCUUGAGCAAAAACAAGAAUGUGGCCUACACGAACCGAGUGGUGACGCUCUGGUAUCGUCCCCCUGAACUGCUUUUGGGGGAAAGAUCUUAUGGGCCUCCUGUGGAUAUGUGGGGUGCUGGAUGCAUCAUGGCAGAGAUGUGGACACGAACUCCCAUCAUGCAAGGGAACACAGAACAGCAUCAGCUCACAUUGAUCUGCCAGCUUUGUGGUUCUAUUACUCCAGAAGUUUGGCCUGAUGUAGAGAAGCUGGAACUUUACAACAAAAUGGAGAUUCCCCAAGGACAGAAGAGGAAGGUGAAGGAAAGGUUGAAGCCAUAUGUGAAAGAUCAGAAAGCCAUUGAGCUCCUGGACAAGUUGCUCACUUUAGAUCCUAGCAAGAGGAUUGACAGUGAUAAUGCCUUGAUAUAUUUCAAGAUGAACAUCUCAGGUCCACCAGGAGGCAUGGGCACCCCACCAGGUGCAUAUGGAAUGCCCUCCCCAGUGAAUAGACCCAUGGGUCAGAUGCCUAAUGCUGUACGUGUUGCUGCAUCUAAUCUCCAACAAAAUGCAUCUAUUGAUGUUGGGUCCUUGAAAGCCGCUGAGCAGCCACCAUUGAAGUUUGAUAAGGCAUUAGAAGACUUCUAUUCUACCUGUGAUGAAAUGGAGCUGCAUUUGAGGAUAGCACAAGCAAGUUGGAGCCAGGCACUCCGAAGUCAGCGCUACACUCCAGUCCCAGUUGCCAACACAAGGAUGGACACCAAUGCAAGUUCUGAGGCCAUCACCUAUCAACAGUAUGUGAGUACAGUCAAGAGCCAAGUUGCCUACAUUCAAGAGAUUCAUGACUCCCUUAUGGAACUGGCCAAGUCCAUUACAUCAGAAUGAACCUGUGUAUUGCAUGUGUGCAUGAAAUGAAUGAAUGGCACAUCUGUUGAAAAAAGAAAUGCAUUUAAUUUGGAGAAAAAUUUCUGAGAAAUGCUCGUGAUAUAAAGUUGUGUACAAC